CCUGCAGUUCACUACAGGAUAUCUGGGUAGAAAGGGUAAGGUUCUUGGCUUUCUCUUCAUACAUUCAAAAAUAGAACUAAAAAGCCUCUGUGAAUUGAAAACGACAGUGAAUUUCUGCUGCUUCCACUGAAAACUCAAUUCUGAGUCUGCUAAUAUCUUACCUUUGGGGGGAAACAUUGUUAUGAAGAAUGGAGACUUCAGUGAGAAAUCACGAUGCAAAGGCUUUUCCUAAGGAAGGAAUAUAAAUGCUAAAGAUGGGAAGUAACAGCACAAACAGUAUGAGAACAAAGUACAUUUAUUUACAAAUGCUGUUUCAGUUCUCUCUCUUUGCAACCACCUAUAUCUUUUGGCAGGAGCCAUAAUUCCACAGUUUUUCUUGAUGAACAUACUGAGAUAUUCAAGAUGGGCAGCAAUAGUACCAGCACUGCUGAGAGCAAUUGUAAUGCCACUAAUUUGACAUUUCAGAACUCUCUGUAUGCAACCACCUACAUUUUCAUAUUCAUCCCAGGUCUCCUGGCUAACAGUGCAGCCCUGUGGGUUCUGUGCCGCUUCAUCAGCAAGAAGAAUAAAGCCAUCAUUUUCAUGAUCAACCUCUCAGUGGCGGACCUUGCUCAUGUCCUGUCCUUACCUCUUCGGAUUUACUAUUAUAUCAAUCAUCACUGGCCAUUCCAGAGGGCCCUUUGCCUGCUGUGCUUCUAUCUGAAAUAUCUCAACAUGUAUGCCAGCAUUUUUUUCUUGACCUGCAUUAGCCUUCAGAGGUGCCUCUUUCUUCUCAAGCCAUUCAGAGCCAGAAACUGGAAGCGGAGGUACGACGUAGGCAUCAGUGCUGCUGUCUGGAUCAUUGUGGGGACUGCCUGUUUGCCACUUCCCAUCCUAAGAAGUGCUGGCUUAGCUAAUAACAGUGACUCGUGCUUUGCUGAUUUAGGGCUUCAUGACAUUAGUAUGGCUUCAUCCAUUGGCAUGGUAACUGCAGCUGAACUUGGAGGGUUUGUAUUGCCUGUAGUAAUUAUUACGUAUUGCACAUGGAAAACGAGAAAAUCUUUACAGCAAUUCCAAGAUCCACCUCAGAAUAUUAAAGAGAGGAAAAAGGCUUUGAGAAUGGUUCUAAUGUGCGCAGUGGUAUUCAUAGUCUGCUUCACUCCUUACCAUCUCAAUUUCCCGUUCUUUAUGAUGGUAAAGCAACGUGUCUUCUCGAACUGUUCCUUUAUUAAGAGCACUCUAUAUUUCCACAUCAUUUCCUUGUGUCUUGCAAAUCUGAAUUGCUGUCUUGAUCCAGUUGUGUAUUAUUUUAUGACUUCAGAAUUUCGCGAUCAAUUUUCAGAACAUGGGAAUUUGGUCAUCCAGUCAUGUUUGCGUUGUAAAGACAGUACUUUGGAAAUUCGUCAGAGGAAGGAGAAUCUUCAGACUAUCUCUCUGGAAUGUUUGGAUGUUCCAACACAAUGUGAUGAAAUGGCUAUUUAAAGUAAUCUAUAUACCAUUUCAAAGUUAUACUGGGUAUUGUGAAGAAACUCGGCCACUUCUCUCAAAAUAAUGUCUACAGGCGUUCUCUAUGCCAAGAUUAUUAAUGGACUAUGUGAGAAAAAAACUAUCUUCAGACAAUGUGAUAAUCUAGAGACAUAAUCACAUAUCUGUUCCUCAGUAAUGGGACCAAUAGUCUCACCUUUAACUGAGAAAAACAAAACACUUUACAAUCUAGUGGACAUGUACAAGUUAUGCCAACCUUAAAAAGUCUACAUUAGAAUAUGACCCUAUCUUUAUUUAGAAAACCUACACUACUUUAGCCAAUUGUUUUACAGAGUGAUGGCUUUUCACAUUGAUACAAAUUAUAGAAAUUGCGACAGUAUAACUUAAAAUAUCUGUAAGAUUAUCUUUUUUCCCACCUCGAAGAAAAAAUAUCAAUUUAGAUGAGCCUCUCAAAAUUACCACUGAAUCCACAGACCAUGCGAACACCUGAAAUAGAACUGUGCUCCGCGUAUUUAAAAAUGAGGUUAAAGGCUUAAAACAAAAACUCUGUCUGAAUGGUUGUGAGUUUGUGAUAUGAUACAUAUUUUUGUUAACUAUCACUAAUUUGGAAAUAUUCUCAUAUAUCUUUCUUAAGAUCCACCUGGCUAGGUGUAUUAUUUCAUAUGUAACUUCACUAGAUACAUUUAAAUUGACAGGUUAAUGAAGACUCACACAACUCAUACAGUUUUCAUUUUGGUAAGAUUUAGUUGAGCCUAAUUAUUUUUAAGUAGAAUAUACGAAUGAACUGAAUCAAACUUUAUCAUUAGUGCAGAACAAAUAUUGCCACUUAAGAAACCCUGUAGCUGAAUUAUUACUAAUAUAAAUCAUUCACACUGGAAAAUUUGAAUCUUUCCAUUUUCAAAUAUUGGGUAUCAUUAAAAUGAAAUUUUAUAAAACAAUGGUUAGUUUUAUAAAUUACUGUUUUUGUCUUGUCUCUCCUUUUUUGGUAUCUACUUUUUUCAAGUAGCCUUUAACGUUUAUUAUAUUUUUCGGUUAACAUAUAAAGGAAUGGAUUUCAUGGUGAUAUUUUCAUAUGCAUAUAUCAUCAUACUUGGUUUUUAUUUACUCCCCACAGCCUUCCCUUGGUGACCCUCCAAUUCCUGUUGGUACCUUCCUUCCAAAUUCUCUUUUUUUGCACUCUUAAUACAAGUGUUUAUUGCAUCUUGUAUUUGAUUACCUCCUUUAUCAUAUUUUGUAUGCAUCCUGUUUACAUCUCUCCUUCCCCUCUUUACUUUUAUGUUUUACAUAUAUAUUGUAUAUUAUAAAUAUAUGAUUGAAAAAUGUGAUAUUUGUCUGACUUAUUUUGCUUAACAAACUGAUCUUCAGUUCCCAAAAUGUAAUUUAAUUCUUCUUUACCAAUCAAUAAAAUUCCAUUGUUUAUACAUAUUACAU